GGGGGGGGGGGGGGGGAGAGAAGAAAAAACAACAGGAAACCAAGUCCAACGCUGUUCACUGCAAAGGAGAAAAGACCCUCCUCUCAGCUUUCCAACAUAGCGCUGAAACCCACCAGGGCACCGACUCUGUAGACUCUUUUUUUAUACAAACAAACAGAGAUUACGACUUGUGUCUUUUCCCUCUGGUAUUCCUUGUCGAGGCUGAGGAGCCGGAGCAGAGAGGUGACGUCACAUCUGGGAGAGGGCAGCGAGGGGAGAGAGCUUGUCAUCCCACGACGGCGAGGAUGGUCAAGAUGUGAACGGAUGCAGACGCUGGCGGACUCUGAACACUGGAAACCGUGGGGCUCUUCUCAUCGACCUCUUCGUGGUGGGAGAACCUUGUUUUUUGCGUCUGCGACCUCUCCUUCUCUUCCCGGGGAGAUCUUAUGGAUGUGAAGGCGCUGAAGCGCGUCCACAGACAUUUCUCUGUUUAGGUCUUCUGGACAUCUGAGGAGGAUCCACAUGAAGAACAAGGGGUCGAAGCUGAAGUCUAAGAAGAAAGGAAGCGACAAUGUGUUUGGCUGCGACCUGAUCGAACAUCUGCAGAGCUCAGCAGAAGAUGUCCCCCAGGUUCUGAAGAAAUGUGCAGAGUUUAUUGAGCAUCAUGGAGUGGUGGACGGGAUCUACCGGCUGUCCGGGGUCACCUCCAACAUCCAGCGUCUCAGGCAGGAGUUCAGCAGUGAUUCCUGCCCUGACCUCACUAAGGAGGUGUACCUCCAGGACAUCCACUGUGUGGGCUCCUUAUGCAAGCUCUACUUCAGGGAGCUGCCCAACCCCCUGCUCACCUAUGAGCUCUACAGCCGGUUCACCGAGGCGGCUCGCAUCCAGGAGCCGCAGGAGAAGCUGGAGCACAUUCAGCAGGUCAUCAAGGAGCUGCCCGUCUCCCACUUCAGGACCCUGGAGUUCCUGACCAAACACCUGUCGUUCCUGGCCACUCUGAGCGGCCAGACCAACAUGCACGCCCGCAACCUGGCGUUGGUUUGGGCCCCCAACCUCCUCAGGUGUAAAGACAUCGACGCGUCGGCAUGCAGCGGGGACAAGGCCUUCCAGGAGGUGCGCGUGCAGCAGGCAGUGGUGGAGUUCAUCCUCAACCACACAGAGCAGAUCUUCAACCGCGGCACCGGCCUCUGCAAGGCGAAAGAAGCGCCGAGCUAUGCGUGCGGGGAGCGCUACGCAACGCUGCCGCUGAGCGCGGGCCACGGCCACGGGCCCAUGAAGCUGAUGAGCCUGGAGGAGGCCCAGGCCCGCUCGCUGGGGCCCAACCACCCGGUCCACCGCGAGCGCCAGCGGGAGAACAGCCUGCCCGACGCCAGCACCGCCACGCUCUACCACACCGUGCUGGACAUCUCCGACAGCAAGAGAAAAUUCUCUGGGAAAUCUAAGAAGUGGAAGUCCAUCUUCAACCUGGGGAGGUCUGUGAACGAAUCCAAAGGCAAACUGAGCCGGAACGGCAGCGUGUUCAUCAGAGGACCAAACACAGACAAGGCAGCUCUCCGCCCAGCCAGGAGCAUGGACUCGUUGUGCUCUCUUCAAAUAGAUGACGACCGAACAGGGAGCCAGCCCGGCGGAUCCAACGGCGCCGCGACCCCGGAGCCCAAGUCCCGGACGCUGGGCUCGGACUCCCUGUACGACCUGAGGGAGGAGGACCAGCGGUGGGAGUUCAAAGGGAAGACCCCCCCGACGACCAAUCAGAGAGAGGCGGCCGGCUCCUCCUCCUCCUCCUCCUCCUCCUCCUCCUCGCCGCCUCAGAAGGCGCUCCCGGAGCAGCUGAAGGUGUUCAAGGGCGACGACCUCCCCGGGUUCAAACCCACGUCUCCUAAGAACCGGAGGAUGUUGUACUCAGGCUCCACCCACCACCACCCCCACGGCGCGUCCAAACCCUCCUUCCCGGGCAGCCUGUUCCCUCUGGAGUCCUCGUCGCCGCGGCACCAGCGCAAGGCCGUCAACAUCUCGGAGCCCUUCUCCGUGUCGGUGCCGCUGCGCGUCUCGGCGGUCAUCAGCUCCAACAGCACGCCGUGCCGCUCCCACGUCAAGGACAGGACGGCGGGCGGCAUCAGGCCCCUCCUGGGGGAGGGCGGCAGCAGCAGCAGCAGCUCCAGCUGCUCCUCGUCACUGCUGCAGCUGGAGACGGACGGGGGACGGGGGAGACCAGCGGGGGACGUCCCGGAGCGGGCGACCUCAGACCUCAGCUCAACUGAUUCCAAUGAAAGAGCAGCACAAGAUGUUGGAGAAGGGAAGGGUCUUUCAAAACUGGAAUGUUCUGGAGAACAUUUAACAUCAUCUCCUGGGAAACUGGACAAGGGAUCUUCUCCCAGCGUGCAAGAGCUGUGGUCGGAGCUCCACAAUGAACUGAAGAUCACUGAGCCUGAGCUGGACCUCCUGGAUAAAACCUUCAAGCCUAUCUUCUGCCCCGAGGCGUCCUACGGGAUCUCCUCUCUGCGAAAGAGCUCCGCUCUGAGCUCCAGUGAAGACCUGAAGAGCAGGUUCGGAAGAGGGGGAGCGUCCCAGAGGAGCUCCAGCUCCCCCACUCUCUCCGUGUUCCACGGCGUUCCCAAAGCCUCCGCUGUCGCUCUGAGCGACAUCCCCUCCGGGUCUACAGGGCCCAACCGCGUCAGGAAGCAGGCCUCGGAGUCGGACAUCUUGCUUCCCUUCUACCAAAACAUGGACCAUGCGGGCGGGGAUAAAAAGCUGAACCCUUUCCCUUGCGCUCCUUCAAAAGAGGAGAAGACGAGCAAAGUACACAGAGCCUCGAUGGUGAAGUCUACGAGCGUGGAUACCUCCACUGAUAUCAAACACUGGCUGGGCCUCUCUGGGAAUAAAAGUUUGGAUUUCGCUCAAGCCAAUCUUUUUGAAAGCACGGUGCCUCCAGUGGAUGACUCAGGGGACAGGGGGUUAUUGGCAGGAGCAAGUAACAAUGCGGUGGAAAUAGAGACGUAUGAGAAUCACAAGCCACCAGAGGAGGUGUUGACUGUAACCACUUCCACCAAGACUUCAUCUGAGGCCAGACAGGAACCCCUGGCAGGAGUUGAAAAAGCUGCAAAAACCUCACAAUGUUUGCUAGACGGACCAAAGGUGUCCUCUGAAGACGGAAAGGACCACCUGACAGAGGUUCAGCAAGGGGCAACAUCGCCUAAACAUUUGGUAGACGGACCCAGGGCUUCCUCUGAAGGUGGUCCGAAACCCCUGGCCCAGAUCCCCAGAGCGAGGAUAUCCUCCAUGCGUCUGGAGGACAGACCAAAGACCCUGGUGUUCCGCCACCUGAAUGAAGACGAGGCGUGCGCGAGACCCUCGGAGGAGUUGGACCCGGGGGAGACCUGGGACGAGCUGAGCUCUUGCUCCAGAGAGUGGGUCACCAGUCCGCUCCACACGCCCGAUAUAGACGACCUGUUUAGCAGCCACCUCCUGCCCGCCCCACCGUGCCCCACCUUGAGCCUAGCGGACGGAGGAGGAGGAGGAGGAGGAGGAGGAGGAGAAGGAGGAGGAGGAGGAGGAGGAGGAGGAGGAGAAGGAGGAGGAGGAGGAGGAGGAGGAGGAGGAGAAGGAGGAGAAGGAGGAGGAGGAGGAACUUCAUCUCAUCCACUGAAUAUGAACAAGUCGUACCCUGCAAGCAAUGGCACCCCCGUCUCUCAGGGUCAGGGGAACGCAGACGAACCAGAGGAACCAAAAGUGCCUCGUUUCCAGCCUCUACCCCCCAGGACGAAUGGAACGGGCCCCAACGCUGCAGCGCAGCAGACGGGUAAAAGCGGCGCGGCAAUAAAACCAAAGACCACCCACGGUAACGGUAACGCGGCGCCGCAGCGGUUCCGCAGGCAGUGGUCCCAGGAGGCGUGUCCCACGUCUGUGAGGAAGGAGGAAGGCUCAGCGGCCAAACACGCUCGGCCGUGCUCGCUAAACCUGGACCUGGUGGGGCGUCGCUGCAUCCGAGACAUCUCCAAUCAGCAGCAGGGCCGUCCCCUCCGGGAGCCGACCCCCUUCCAGCGAGGCCCGCUGCCCGGCCCGCCGCCCGGAGACAACGGACAGGAAGCCCUGGAGCUGGAGCUCUUCCUCAACAACAGCCACGCCCCCCUGCGGAGGAACUCGGCCCCGGUGAGCGUGUCCUCGGUGCGCACCGCCUUCAUGAUCAAGACCAGCCAGGCCAAGGCCGUGCCCGUCGUCCCGCCCAAGGUGCAGUACACGCAGAUCCCUCACCUGCGCCAGGACGGCGACCACCGCGGCACGGCCCGCCAACAGGAGAACCAAACCCCCAAGAGGACCGACCUGCCGCGGGAGCAGACCCCGGUGCCGGCUCCGCCCGCCGCCCAGGCGGCCACGGCGGCGACCACGGCGGCCGGGGCGCUCAGGAAGAAGGAGGAGCUAGAGAACCAGAAGCCCGUGCUGAGACACCAGAAGCAUCCCCCUGCGGAGAAGCCCCAGGAACCCCCCCAGGAGGCCGCCAAGAACGGAGCGUCUCGGUUCCAGGAACCACAGGUCACCAUGCGGAAGCCCGCCGCCGCCGCCCCCGCCCCCGCCCCUCCCGCAGACACGGAUGUCUUCCUGGAUUGCCCGCGGCCCAACCGUCCCAACAUCCUCCAGAGACCCUCCUUCAGGAACCGGCAGAGGCCACAGAGCCUGAUCCUGCUCAGCCCGCCCUUCCCCAUCAUGGACUUCCCUCCCCUGGACGACGGCAAGCUGCUGCUCUCCGCCAAGAGGAGCCUCAACGACGCCACAUCCCUGGCCAGGCGGGAGGAUGCCACCGCGGGGGUGAACCUCCGCAAGACACCGGGGGACGGCAAGGGGCUCCAGAACAAGAUGACCAUCCCCAAGAGCGGGCAGCGGCUGGAGACGUCCACCAGCUGCUUCUACCAGCCCCAGAGACGCUCCAUGAUCUUUGAGAGCCGGACCCAGCGACAGAUCGAAUGACUCGUUCAGCCCCCCUUAGUCGCACGUCACCCACACUUCACUGGAUUUUUGAAUGACAUCAUGUAUUUAAAGGGUUCAUUCGCUGGUCAUUUGGUCGUUGCGUGGGUCCAGGAAAACAGACUGGUUAACAGUUACAGUUGUUUAGAAGGAGGAUACGUGUGGAAGUCGUGGGGGAAUCAAAGGUCAGUGAAAGGUCUUGGCAGAUGGCUCUUGAAGGUGUAUUGUGAUUAUGGAUUGUUAUAUAAGGAUGGAAUAGAACAAGACAUCCCGUUUGAAGGGUAGGCAUAUCCAAACGGUUAAAGUGGGGGUGAAAAUACGUCUAGGAAAGUGGAUCUACAUGCUAGAGUGUUUCCUUUUCAGAUUUCCUCUUGCAACUGUAGAAUAAUUGCAUCUGUACCGUCCCCUUUUCAAGAGCUGUAAUAGAAUUGUAUUCUGUCGACAAUUUAUUCUUAUAUAUGUUCCGAUUUCGCUGUUGUCCAAUCGAUUGAGACCAGAGUAGACUACUUUUAGAUGGACGUUUUUAUGUCACUAUGUUACUGAUUGAGUAGUUUGAGUACGCUAUUGUAUGUUGUACAUAUAGGGCUGAAGUGUCCCAUUGCAUUACCAUGCGUUAAAUAAAGGGAAGACGCAUCACUGUUGCAUGUAAUUCUGGACGUAUUUUCAACAGAGUCUUGCUUUUUGAUUCUACUGUAGUCUAUUCCGCUAGAAACUAUUUUAUUUAUUCUUGGACUAUUUUACAAAACAGGGACUGAAGUGACUAAUUGUGUCAAAGAUAAGAUGACCGUAUUUCAAUAUUUAAAAGACAAAUCCUUUGCAUUUGUUUAACCACAUGGUCAUACUGGAUUUAUAUUAUAUGUUGACCUAAAGAUUUAAGUUAAUUUUAUUUUGUAAUCUUACUGUGUCAAUUCUGUCCUUUUCUUCUUAUUUUAUAAGGGUUAGAAUUAUGUAUGAAUUGAAAUUGACAAAGCUCAGUUGAACGCUAUCACAUUAUUGACAUUCUUGUGAAAUACUUACCGUGUCUCCUUGACUGAAGGGCUGAAUUUUUAUAGAUAUAUUUUCUCAGUGCGUCUGUGAGUGAGAUAGCGAUCCUCAAACAAACUGACAUUUUAUGUGCACUUGUAACAUAAUCUAAAAUGAUGUAUAGGACACUGCCAUUGUCUGCUUCUUACUGUACAACUGAAACAUGAUAUAGAAAGUGUAAAUAUAGACCCUAUUUUAAAGAUAUGAGAGGACACAUCCCUCUUGUGCAUUUUGCCAGAUUUUAGGGAAAUACACGUUUCUCAGACGUUGUCCAUGACUGAAACUUAAAGGCACCCAGUGCAACUUUAUGUAAACAUUCAAUGAAAAAUAAACAUUCAAUUUCUAGUCUUUUUUACACGUAGUAAGUUUCAAUAACUCCAUACAUUACAUAUCGACAUUCAAGGAGCAAAGAUGAGACGUCGUUGUGUGGUGAGAACUGAUAGAAAAUCGUAAACAACAACAAUCGCCGGUGGGGAGAAGCCAUUUUUCCAUUGACUGGAAGCCUGCUUUAUUUAUUGUAGGUUACAAAAAAUAAAGAAAAUGGCGGCAUUGUUGUUGUUAUCGAUUUUGUAUCAGUUCUCACCACACAACGACGUCUCAUCUUUGCUGCUUAAAUGUCGGUAUGUAAUGGUAUGGAGUUAUUGAAACUUACUACGUGUAAAAAAUACUAGAAAUUGAAUGUUUAUUUUUAAGCCUCGAAAGUUGCACUGGGUGCCUUUAAAGCAAAAUCGCAACCAAACUUCGGCUGAAAUGCCAUCUAUAAUUCUGGAAUCAAGCCAUCAUUUGGUCUUAAACCCGAAUUAAAGACGAAUAUUUUAAAUGUUCAUUGAUCUUACAUUGCUUUUUUAUUUUGUUUUUACAGAAAUCUUCAAUGAAAAUAAAUUGCCUUAUUGACCAUUAAUAUUAGUUAAGAGAGUGUGUGUUUGUAUGUACGAAUGGAAGUAUUCAAAGCCAUCAAUGAUUGUCCUCAUUUAUGUUUUAUUGUUUUGUAUUGUAUUGUGCAGGUAUUCCUCUAUGUGGAUAUUAUCUGUCAAUAAAAAUAUCUAUAUUUACA